CCCCACCUCCACCAGGCCUAUCACCCUUCCACACAAGAGGCUGUGCCAGACAGCCUGUGCUGAUAUACAAAGACCAGAGCUNAUCAAGCCUUCAGGAGGUGACGAACUGACAGGCUGACAGAAGCCAUUUGGUUCACAUUUCCAUCCAAGGGCUCCACUGGGGAAGGGCUUGUCUCCGCAUAGGUCUGACCACAGCAGCAAAGUUGGAAUGAUGAUGCAGCAGAGAAGAACCAAGAAAGGAGGAGUGCUUUCAGAAUUCCAAAUCUGAAAGCAGAAGCUCAGAUUCACAGCUGAGUGACAGGGCCACAUGAGACUUUACGGCCUUCAAAUGUGGUCACAGAGAUCGUUUGUGAGUUUUUAGAAAAUACAAGGAAAAAUUNCAAUUGGGAUACUUGUUCAGUUGUGAAGUCAGCUGUUGGUACCCAACUGGAAGCCACAAUGAUUCGGGCCUUCGUUCAGCCAUCCACACCCCCAUACCAGCCNCUCUCCAGUCACACGUCUGAGGAAACAGAGAGGAAGUUCAAGGGCAAGGUGGUACAUGAAGCUCAACUCAACUGUUUCUACAUUUCUCCUGGAGGUUCCAACUAUGGGAGCCCACGCCCAGCUCAUGCCAACAUGAAUGCCAAUGCAGCUGCAGGACUUGCUCCCGAGCACAUCCCUACUCCAGGGGCAGCACUGUCCUGGCAGGCAGCCAUCGAUGCCGCCCGGCAGGCCAAGCUCAUGGGCAGUGCUGGCAACGCAACCAUCUCUACCGUCAGUUCCACACAGCGGAAGCGGCAGCAGUAUGGGAAACCCAAGAAGCAGGGGGGCACAACAGCCACACGGCCGCCCCGGGCUCUGCUCUGCCUGACUCUGAAGAACCCUAUCCGGAGGGCGUGCAUAAGCAUUGUUGAAUGGAAACCAUUUGAAAUCAUUAUUUUACUGACUAUUUUUGCCAAUUGUGUGGCCUUAGCAAUCUAUAUUCCCUUUCCGGAAGACGACUCCAACGCCACCAACUCCAACCUGGAACGAGUGGAGUAUCUCUUCCUCAUCAUUUUUACCGUGGAAGCAUUUUUAAAAGUAAUUGCCUACGGACUUCUCUUCCACCCCAACGCAUACCUCCGCAACGGUUGGAAUUUACUGGAUUUUAUAAUUGUGGUUGUAGGGCUUUUUAGUGCAAUUUUAGAACAAGCAACCAAAGCUGAUGGGGCCAAUGCUCUAGGAGGGAAAGGAGCUGGAUUUGACGUGAAGGCACUGAGAGCAUUCCGCGUGCUCCGUCCCCUGCGACUGGUGUCCGGAGUCCCAAGUCUCCAGGUGGUCCUGAACUCCAUCAUCAAGGCCAUGGUGCCUCUGCUGCACAUCGCUCUUCUUGUGCUCUUCGUCAUCAUCAUUUAUGCUAUUAUCGGCCUGGAGCUCUUCAUGGGAAAGAUGCACAAGACCUGCUACAACCAGGAGGGCAUAAUAGAUGUUCCAGCAGAAGAGGACCCUUCCCCUUGUGCUUUGGAGACAGGCCAUGGGCGACAGUGUCAGAACGGGACCGUGUGCAAACCUGGGUGGGAUGGGCCCAAGCACGGCAUCACCAACUUCGACAACUUCGCCUUCGCCAUGCUGACGGUGUUCCAGUGUAUCACCAUGGAGGGCUGGACAGACGUGCUGUACUGGAUGCAAGACGCUAUGGGCUAUGAGUUGCCCUGGGUGUAUUUUGUCAGUCUGGUCAUCUUUGGAUCCUUUUUCGUUCUAAAUCUGGUUCUCGGUGUUUUGAGCGGGGAGUUUUCCAAAGAGAGGGAGAAAGCCAAAGCCCGAGGAGAUUUCCAGAAGCUUCGAGAGAAACAGCAGCUAGAAGAAGAUCUCAAAGGCUACCUGGACUGGAUCACCCAGGCAGAAGACAUUGACCCUGAGAACGAGGACGAGGGCAUGGAUGAAGACAAGCCUCGAAACAUGAGCAUGCCCACAAGUGAGACUGAGUCUGUCAACACUGAAAACGUGGCUGGAGGUGACAUCGAGGGAGAAAACUGUGGAGCCAGGCUUGCGUGAGUACCCGUGGCAAACUUAGCGCUGAGUUCUUCCUGGGGCAUGAGUUCUUGGGGCACGACCUGGGAAGCUGCUUCUGGUGUUGAGUGGGAUGGCUCNGCACUGCAGUGUGCAGAAUCAGAACAUGGGUUGACAAUCUGUGCUCUAUGUGGAGAGAAAAGAGGCCUGGGGUUAUGUAAUGGCUUCAUACGUGGUAGUGGGCUUUUCAAAUUCAAUCCCGUCUUCAGCACUUCUGUGAGGGCCACAAGUAUCACAUGCUGAGGCCCUUUCACCUCACCAGUGAAGCACAGAAGGUAGGGUGCUCUGAUGUGGGUUUUAUCCCACACACACCUUUCUUUUCAUGCAAGCCAGUAAGUAGGUCAGGGUCCCU